AGGAACAAGGUUGAAGAAAGAUUUAAUUGAAUUAAUUGGAUUCUGAGGAUUUUUUUGGCUGACAUUGGAUUAUCAAAAUGUCUUCUGGCAGCUUCAUGCUGACUGAGGACCAGCUUCUAUGCAGCAUCUGUCUGGACGUGUUCACCAAACCCGUCACGCUGCCAUGUGGACACAACUUUUGCAAAAACUGCAUCACGCAGCACUGGGACACCUGCAGCAAGUGUGAGUGUCCGACCUGCCAGGAGCCGUUCCACAAAAGUCUCGAUCUGAGGGUCAACACUUUCAUAGCGGAGAUGGCUGAUCAGUUCAGACAGUCGUCCGAAAAGAGCGGGUCGGACCAAGAAGCGGCCAAACCGGGGGACGUCCCCUGCGACAUCUGCACCGACGUCAAAAUGAAAGCUCGGAGGUCGUGCCUGGUGUGUCUGGCCUCGUACUGCGAGACCCACCUGAAGCCUCACCUGACGGCCUCGCGCCUAAAGAGACAUCAGCUGACGGAUCCCGUGGAAAACCUGGAGGGCAGGAUGUGCACCAUACACGACAAACCCCUGGAGCUCUUCUGCAAGACGGACCAGAGCUGUGUGUGCAUGCUCUGCCCCGUUUUAGACCACAGGUCGCACGACAUCAUCCCGCUGAAGGAGCAGUUUGAGAGGAAGAAGUCCGAUCUGGGCAAGAAAGAGGCCGAGGUAAACCGCAUGAUCCAGGAGAGACGGCAGAAGAUCAAGGAUCUCAAACACUCGGUAAAGAUCAGCAACGAAGCUGCAGACAGAGAGAUGGAGGAAGGAGUUCAGGUCUUCACUGCUCUGAUUAGGUCUCUGGAGAGAACCCAGACAGAACUCAUCAAGAUGAUUGAAGAGAAGCAGAAAGCAACGGAGAAAGAGGCCAAUGCUUACAUCCAAGAGCUGGAGCAGGAGAUCUCAGAGCUGAUGACGAGGCGCGCUGAGGUGGAGCAGCUCUCCCGCUCCAAAGACCCCCUCCAUUUCCUCCAGAGCUUCUCAGCCCUGAGCACGUCACGAUUCCUCAAAGACUUGACGGAGAUCUGCAUCGACCCGCCGUCGUACGAGGGCGCCGUGAGGGCCGCCGUGGACCAGCUGGAGGAGACAAUGGGCAAAGACGUGGAGAAGCUGCUGCUAGAGGCCAAGCUCAGUCGACUCCGGCAGCACGCGGUGAACGUGACCCUGGACCCAAACACCGCCCACGCCGCCCUCGUCCUUUCUGAUGAUGGGAAACGAGUCCAUCACGGCGUCAUGAAGAAGAAUCUCCCAGACAACAGCGAAAGGUUUAACCCGAGCUGUUGCGUCUUGGGAAAAGAGACUUUCGCUUACGGGAGGUUUUACUUUGAGGUGGAAGUUAAAGGGAAGACGAGGUGGACUUUAGGAGUGGCCAAGGCGUCCAUCAAAAGGAAAGGAAUCAUCCCACUGUGUCCAGAAAAUGGGCACUGGACGAUUUGGCUUAAAAACGGAGACGAAUACGCAGCGCUCGUCGGUUCCCCUCUACCCCUCGCUCUCAACUCAAAGCCCGAGAAGUUGGGAGUGUGGGUGAACUAUGAGAAGGGUCUCGUCUCCUUUUACAACGUCAACUCUGCAGAGCUCCUCCACUCCUUCACCGACUGCUGCUUCAGCGAGAAACUCUACCCAUUCUUCAGCCCCGGCCUCAACCACGACGGCGUCAACUCUGCCCCCAUGGUCAUCUCCCCCGUGAGUCGCACAGAUUUUUAAGAAAAGAUCUGUGUCCGGAUUAUCAGGUGUAAAUGUUGUAUUUUUCUUAUGGCAGAAUCAGCCUUUUCCUCUUUGCUACGGUUGUGGAGGCCAUCAUGUGACUUUUGGAUCGAUAAAGUGGAUAAAGUUUCAGUUGCUAGACGCUAGCCAGAGAAUAAAUUGAGCUCUGACCUCGUGUAGGAAUAAAACCUCUGGCCUUCUAGACUCUUAGGAAAUUACUAGCAACAUCAUGUCUUUUUCUUUUUCGCCUCUGCACCAAUAACCUGAGCUUUUUGACUUAUUUCCCGUGUCGGAUUCAGACCACAACAAACUAAAAUACCAGAAAAUAUCAGCGGGUUCAUUCUGACUCGAGUCCCAUGUGAAUCUGUCAACAUUGAAUCCAGCCUCAGGCUCAGUAAUGGUGCACAGGGUGGGUGAUAUUAAAGGAACGCAGCCAUCUGUUGUGGUUUCUCUGUGGUAUUUUGUAAAAUGAAUCAACACUGAUGUCUACAUUCGGAGAAGACAGAAGUACACGAUGAAUUCUUUUGUUUAAGGCAACGAUGAAGCCAAUAAAUGCUGCCGUUCCUCUUAUUUUCUACACCUUUCCCUUUUGGAGAAAAAGCUUAUUUUAACGGAGUGAAGAUUGUUUAAGAUCACAACUGUCUGUCACACCACCCUCAAAUGUGUGCUCACAGUUUCCUCCGGGCCGAGCUGGUUAUUCGACAUUUCUGUCCGCUUCGUUAUGCAGAGAAUUUAAACAUAUUAAGUCACGCAUACCUGCAUGUUUGCUCAUGUUGUCAUUGAGUCAGUCGAUUCCUGAAAGUAGACAAAGAGAACCCAAUCCAACAACAGAAAUAUUUGAGUUUGUUGAUACAAGGAAGUUAUUAAUCUUUUGUUGAUAUCUGUGAAGCCUUGAUUUCAGUAUCUGGUCCACCAGUAACAUAAAAUAAAAAGUUGAAUAGUCGUCUAGAGCCGCUUGGGCUCAAAAGUCAACUUUAUUGUCAAUUGCAGUUCAUUGAGUGGCCAUUAGAGGCUCCAAAAGGGAGCAAAUCCUUUUAACAUGUUUACAGUCCGCUUUGAGUGACAGGUGGUUGAACUGAGCUAACAGUGAGCAGAGCGUUAGGUGGGCGGGUCUUAACGUCUGACAUGGCCCUAUCACGUCCAAGUUUGGAGUAUCCGCAUGUGGGUGUAGUAAAGCUCAUCCGACAUGGCAACCACAGGCUCCGCCCACUUCGAGGUUCAUUUUCGAGGUCAAGUGUUUCAACCAAACCAGGAAAUGAGUCUCAUCACAUUGAUCAAAACACCUCUCUGAUAUGUAAUAUUGGCUCAUUUCCCCUGAUAAAUAAACACACAGGUAAAUGAUUUCUGUCAUGUGUCAUGUUUGAUUGGGUUCUCUUUGUCUACUUCCAGGAUUUGUGUGAGUCACAUUUAUGCAGAAAUGUUAAGAUCUUUACUUAUGCAACAGAGGAGUUGGAGGAUUUGACACAAAUCUGGAAAACUGAAGCUUUUUGAUUUGUUUGGAAAGUUUUCUUACAUUUGAGCAUCAGAGCAGUCAAACACUGUCCCAACAUUGCCAGGCAGAGGCCAUGUGUCAUGUGUCCCCGGAGUCUGAUGAAAUUACAUUUUGCUGUAGACUUUCGACGUGUCACCAUUGAUGAAGUGCGGGUGUCGUCAUGCGUUGCUGCAUUCCGGCUUUUGUGCAUUCUGUACUAGGCCAGUGACACUUAACUGGAAGCGAGUCCUCAUUAGGACACAUGUGUCCUCCCUACUCUGACAGGUCAAAAGUGUCUGCUGUGGAAAAACAGGUAGAAAGACGUGUGCAAAGCAAACAGCUGUCCACACUGCAGGCGCAACAGCUCACGUGUCAGGCUGGCUAAAAUAACUGAGACAUUUGAUCCAAACAUCAAAUCUGUAGAAACCAGAGAGAAACCAGCACAUCAUAUGACAAUUAGGAGAUCGGAUUAUCACUUCUGCACCUGAUUCAUUCACAAAAAGGUGAAAAUUCAGUUAAACCUGAAGCCUCAAACGUAUGAGGAAGAAAUUGGGCCUGACACAGGGUUCAAUCUGGUGUGACAAUAACAUAAAAUACUGCUAGUUUUCAAUAAAACUGGCAUCUGUUUCUAAUCCGUCCACUACGGGUCACAUUGUUUUGGUUAAGAACAGGGUUUGUAUAUCAGAGAGAGUCUGUCCAACUCAAACCAUGGCGCCAUGUUUGCUACAUCAGAGGUUAGAUUCUACAGUGUAACUCUAUGGGGUGGAUAUUUAAAUAAAUGUCUUAUUUUCACCAUUAACAGGCCUAUAAAUGUUAUUACCAACGUCUGUCAAUAUGUUAAAGAUGAAUAUUGGUUAGAUGUAUCUCACAUGGCGCCCAUGAAACAUGUGACCAGCUCAGAACCAAUUGGCCACUGAGACCAGAGACCAGAACUAACCAGCAGAAUGAAGUUACACUUAUUCUGGUUCAUUGAAUGUUGACAUUGCGUGCCUGUUCAUCUUUGCACUAAAACAAAGAGAAAAUAUCUCUAAUAUUUCUAGGUUAUUAUGAUAUUAUGUGUUAUUAGCACAGGCCCCCCUUGAGAUCUAAUUAGCUGGAUGUGGCCCCUGAACCAGAAUGAGUGCCCUCCCCCCGGCUUAAACUAUUAGAAAGAUAUGAAACCUGAGGCAUCAGAGCAGAAACUGUGAUAGAAAAGAAGCGGCUGAGAUCGAUCUGAUGAGAAAAACCUAAAAAGUUUCAGACUGACUCAUUAAACCAUCUCUUGAGCUCUGAAGUUAAAUUAUUUUUAUGUGUUGUUUAGUUUUUCCUGUCUCUUUGUGUUUAUAUUAUAGAGUUUUUUAUUCAAUGACUGUGAUUGUUUAUUUUUAAAAGCUACAAAAAGCUGAAAAAAGAACAACUGGACAUUUACGGUCUACGGUCGUAUCUUUGUUUCAUCUUUAGUUUUUGUUUCACCGAGAACCUUCUCAAACAUAAAGAGUUAAAUUAUAAAUCAUUUAUCUCUGGUUAUUUUCUUUGAUCACAGUAAAAAAAAUAAGAACGUGCAGUUGUGUAUGUGUUUUAGUUUGGCAGCGCUGACAUCUAGUGGUCAUCUGCUGCAACUUCACCCUCUGGCCAAAAGAAUGUGGACACCGAAAAGCAUUGAUUUACACUUUUCUCAAUUGUUUACACACAAAUAGUGGUAAUUGAGACACACUGACGACAAAAUGUAAAUCAUGCACCAACCCCUUGAAUCAAUUCUGCUAAGCUACAAGUACAAUUCCUUUGGUAACAUGGCUUUGUUUGUUGUCAUUAUGAUGAAUGAAGAAGAAGUGUUUUCCAUUCAUCAUAGUGUUUCACAUUGAGCGGUGAUCAACUUUUUCUUAUAAAUAAAUUCUUAUAAACAUAUAUGAUGGUUUGUGUGUCAUUUGAAAACAAAAUACCUCUUUGAGAAGAAAUAACAUUGUUUUGGAUGUAAAGUUUCAUUUUGCAGGAGAACUGAGGGGUUGUGCUCAUUGUGUGUUUUUUGAUUUGUCUGUAGAGUUCCGAGAGUAUGAGGCAUGCUCCAUAUAAGAGGCACCUUUCUGACUUUUAAGAGCAAGCAAAUGACCUUACACUACAUGUUUAGUUCUUGUACUUUAUGCAUUUUGAUGUAACAAGUGUAAAUGAGUGAAUACAUCGUCCUUUAUUAAGGGUUUAACUGUCACACCUAAACAACUUAAGACCUGAAUAAAACAUCUUCAAA